AUGAACAUAUCGCAGAGCUCCUAUUCUUCCUCGUCCUCCUCCGUCAAUUCGGCCUCCGUCGCCACCGCCGAUCCGAAUGUGAUCUCAAGUCGGAGGAGUGCAGACAGUAGUCAAACCCUGGCUUCUGAGCCGUCACGUCGUUGGCGUGAUAUUUUCUGGUUGGGAGUAUUUCUAAUUCAAUUGGUUUUAAUGGGAUGUGCACUUACGGUUCUCGGGCUCAAUAGGUUUAAGAAAACAGAUAGGCUAAACAUAGAUAGGUACACCCAGCCUUUUUUGGAAAAUCAAAGGGGAUUGACGGAGAACUAUUGGCCGCUUUAUGCUCUUGCCGGUGGAGUUGGGACUGUUCUUGGUUGGACUUGGUUGUUGUUCCUCAGUUCUCAAGCAAAUCACAUGAUGAAGGUUGCGGUUCACAUCUUGACUACUUAUCUUGCUGUGAUUAGCGUUCUAUUAUUUUGGAUGGAACAGUUUUUCUGGGGUGUUGCAUUUGCGAUUGGUGCUGUGUUGCAGUUCUUGUAUGUUAUUUCAGUAAUUGACAGACUUCCAUUUACCAUGCUGGUGCUACAAGCAGCUGUCAAGAUGGUAUGGAGUCUACGUGAAGUUAUGAGAGUAGCAUAUGCAUUCAUGCUUAUUAUGCUUCUAUGGAUGGGAAUAUGGUCCUUUGGGGCAGCUGGUGUUGUAGCUUCAAGCAUUGGAGAUGGUGGACGCUGGUGGCUUCUUGUGGUUCUCUCUAUAAGCUUAUUUUGGACGGGUGCUGUACUCUGUAAUACUGUACAUGUUAUAGUUUCUGGGAUGGUGUUUCUUGUACUUAUCCAUGGUGGUAGAGAGGCAUCAUCAAUGCCUCCAAACUCACUGAUGAAGUCUCUUCGGUAUGCAGUCACAACUUCUUUUGGCAGCAUCUGCUAUGGUUCACUUUUCACAGCUGCCAUUCGGACACUUCGGUGGAAGAUCAGGGGACUCCGAUCCAAGAUUGGCAACAAUGAGUGUCUACUUUGCUGUGUUGAUUUCCUCUUUCAUCUAGUGGAGACUCUUGUCCGUUUCUUUAACAAGUAUGCCUAUGUCCAGAUAGCUGUUUCUGGAAAAAGUUUUAAUCAUUCAGCGAGGGAUGCCUGGGAGUUAUUUCAGUCUACGGGAGUGGAGGCACUCGUUGCCUAUGAUUGUUCAGGUGCUGUUUUGUUGAUGGGCACUCUAUUGGGUGGACUUAUCACUGGUACUUGCUCAGGGAUCUGGACAUGGAUUAAAUAUAGGGACAGGGUGGUUAUGGUGGGGUCCACUGCAAUGCUGAUGGGAAUGGUCUUGGUGGGACUGGCAAUGGUGGUUGUGGAAAGUGCUGUUACAUCUAUUUAUAUCUGCUAUGCAGAAGACCCCUUGUUAAUUCAUAGGUGGGAUGCUGAGUUCUUCAACCAGAUGUCAGAGAUGCUACACCAGCGUCUUCAACAUAGGAGCUCGCGGGCGAGGGAAGUGUUAACUCACCAUCGCUUUGAUAACCACACACAAGAAACACUCCCUGCUUGA